AUCAAGAAUGCUCUGCUACAACUUGCGCCGACUGCCUUCGACAAGGUCCGAAAUGCGGGUGGUGUGCAGAGGAGGGUUACCAGGGUCCACGGUGCGACCUCAUCACUACACUACAGAAGAACGCCUGUCUGUCAACCAAGAUACAGAACCCAACCACAGAGGGACCAACAAAAACCAAGGAUUUGGCCUUAAGCUCAACAGCACAAAGUGGAGACAUUAUUCAAGUCAGGCCACAGGAGAUCAGCUUAAAAAUGAGAAAAGGUGAUGCUGUUCAGCUGUCCAUGCAGGUUCGGCAGGUUGAGGACUACCCCCUGGACCUGUACUACCUCAUGGACAUGUCAUUCAGUAUGAAAGACGAUGUUAGCAAACUGGUGGACAUAAACUCUGUUCUAAUUCGUGAGAUGAAAAGUUUAACAAACAACUUUCGUGUGGGCCUGGGCAUAUUUCUGGACAAGACUGUGCUGCCAAUGGUGAACACCAACAAGGAUCGACUACAAGACCCCUGCCCCAAUGUAGAUACCCAGUGUGCACCAGUUUUUGGCUUCCGCCACCUUCUGGACCUGACAGAUGAUGCAGAUGCCUUGAGAAGAAAACUGCCGAACCCUGAGGAAGUUUCUGCUAACAGAGACAUCACUGAGGGAGGCCUGGAGGCCCUUCUGCAGGUUGCCAUGUGCAAAGAAAAGAUUGGAUGGCGUGACAAGGCCACCAAAAUGGUGCUAUAUGCCUCCGAUGAGGGUUUCAAAAUGGCAGGUGAUGGAAAACUGGCUGCCAUUUUGCCCCCAAAUGAUGGACUGUGCCAUUUGAGUUCAGGAAAUCCCGUCGAGUACACAGAGCUGAACAACCAGGACUAUCCAUCAGUGGGACAGGUUGUCAGGGUUUUGAGGGAACAAAAGAUUCAACCAAUUUUUGCUGUUACUGAUCAGAGGGCAAAAAAUCAGCUCAAGGUGUAUAAGCAAUUGUCAAACCAGUUUGAUAGUGCACGCACGGCAGAGCUGGCUGAUGACUCAUCCAAUAUAGUGGGACUGGUUACAAAUGCAUACAAGGAAUUAAGGUCAGAAGUGAAGCUACAGCCAGUCAACCUGCCACCAGAGGUUGAUGUUGCAAUAACACCCAUCUGUCCUAGUGGGACUACUGAGGAGGAAAGCUCAUGCAUGGGUCUUCAAGUUGGAGACACAGCAGAGUUUGUCAUUGACGUGAAUGUCAAAGACUGUCCUAAACAGGGCCAAAGCAACCUUGCCACAUUCAGCCUUGAUCCUGUGGGCUUUGGUGAUGAGCUUAAGGUCAACUUGGAAUUUCUCUGUAGCUGCGAGUGUGAAGCAUUGCAGGUACAGGCAAGUCCCAAAUGCUCCUCUGGAAAUGGCACCCUGCAAUGUGGCAUCUGUGUGUGUGACCAGGGCAGAUAUGGUUCAAAGUGUGAGUGUAGUGCUGACUCCAUAGAGGGUGCCAUGGACGUGACUGCAAGUUGCAAGGCAAACAACAGCAACACCUUGUGCUCAAGGCGGGGCGUGUGCAUCUGUCGUAUAUGUAACGGCCAGGGCAAAUGUGUCUGUGGGAAGUGCGAAUGUUACCAGAACAGUCCGUACUCUGGACCAACCUGUGAAACUUGUCCGGCUUGCCCAGGACAGUGUGCACUGAACAGAGAUUGUGUACAGUGCCAGGUCUUCCAGUCAGGAGCGCUGUCACCAGCAGAAUGCCAACGGAGAUGCAACUUUAAUUCCACAGUAGUUGAUACUUUCCCUGAAAGCAGCCCAAUUCCCCAAGAGACCUGCCGUUUUCUUGACGAAGAAGACGGCUGCUUUUUCACCUUCAAGUAUGGGAGGGGAGAAGACAACAUGCUGGUGGUUACAGUUCAGGAAGACAAAGAGUGUCCACAAGGUGCUCCUAUCCUUCCCAUUGUGCUUGGCAUUGUGGGAGGGAUUGUUCUGAUUGGUCUAAUUUUGGUUAUCAUCUGGCGUGUGGCAAUCCACAUAUAUGACAAAAAACAAUAUAUGGAGUUUGAGAAGGAAAGACAAAAAGUACAAUUCACGACAGAUGUGAACCCUCUCUAUGUGACCAACACCACCAAGUUCAUCAACCCAACCUUCCACCAGGCGCAACCUGCUCAUGAGGAUUUUGAGUGAUGGGAUGGAUUUUUGUGAAGUGACACCUAGUGACAAGAGUAGGAAGUGUUGGACCUUCAUCCAUUCUGUUGAACAUCCAACCAUAAUUUGUGACGGAUGUAAUGAGAUUGAAAUGAUGUAGUCUAGAUAGGGAUAUGUUUUCUGGUGUAUCACCCCAAGUAUCAAAGAACCUUCACAUUAUGUAACUAACCUGUUCUUGAACAUACUUGUAAUAAUCCUCCCUCUUCUGUUCCUGCAUGAAUACCAGCAUCAUUUUGUUUUGUAGACUCUAGUUUAACUUGAGUCAGUGAGGUAAAAAAGAUUUUGAAUUUGAGUCACAUUUGAAUGUCUGUGCACAUCGCUGAUAUAUGUUACCAUCUCAAAGCAAUGUUACCUCAUCGUUAAUGUUGUUCCUUUCAGGCCAUGGGCUCAUUUGUCAUACACAUUCUAUAUACAUGGCAAGAUGAAAAAAUUAUCAAACAAUUGAACUAUGAAUUAAGACAUUGUAUUUCUAGACAAUAGACUUUUUAGAACCUUUAUAUAGAACAGGGUGACAAUGACAUCUUGUAAAAUGGUGCCAAAAGCUUUGUGUUGUCACCACUGACUGACUUCUUAUCGGUAUGAUAUGGCAUGUUGAUCGAAAGUACAGCAUGCCAUUUCUGCUCUUUUUGUCAGGAUAAGGCUGCCAUUGAGAUUUAAUGUUACCGUUUUUCCAAAUGGGUAUCGUAAUGUGGCCAUCGUAAGCAACCAAGUAAGAUUGUAAAAGAACCCUUUUGUAAGAAAUGAUACAUUUUAUGAAAGCAAAGCAUUUAUACAACAUGUAGUGCAUAGGAGAACAAAGUUUUAUUUAUAUGUUUGUAAGAUAUGAUAAUUAUCUGUCUAUGUACUCUUGUGCAUUUCAAGAUUUUUACUUUUGUUUUACUUGUAUUUGAUCUGCAGGGAAAUUUAAUUGGAAGAUAGAUUAUUAACACAUACAUCAUUAACAUUUCUACGGUUAUUUAACUUACAAGCAGUACUGUUGCAUUUCUGUUAUCAUCUAAGUUACAAAUAGUGUUGUUGAUGUUUUUCACUUUUUAGUCUAAUCAUGUAUUCAAGUCACAAAUUUCAGAUCUGCA